AUGGAAGUCAGUAACCCCGAUACGAAGCACAAUCAAGUACAGGUAUAUUUUAGUACGACUUCUGAAGAUAUCGCAUUGCCCGAAUCUAGGAGAAAUCUCCUUGUCCCAACUUACGUGCAGAGAUAUGGCUUAUCCCAGAUUCUCAACUCGGAAUCUAUGCUAAGCACUUCUGUACCGAUUCCUUUUGAUUUCCUUAUCAAUGGUAGUUUCUUGCGAACUAGCCUCGAAGAAUAUCUUCGCUCUAAUGGACUGUCUUCCGAAACCAGGCUCAACCUACAAUACGUUCGAAGUUUGAUCCCGCCUUCUUACAAGGCUAGUUUUGAGCAUGAUGACUGGGUUAGUUGCGUGGAUGUUAUCUCAACACAUUCUCUCGCAGGGAGCUGGGGAGGAAAUAAUGUACCCUUAGGCAGAGAGCUAAUCCUCUCGGGCUCCUAUGACGGACUUUUACGGAUCUGGAAUCAGAGUGGACAAGUUGUUACCACUUCAGGUGGUUAUGAGUCUGGAGGGCAUUUAUCGAGUAUUAAGGCGGCCAAGUUUAUUUCACCAACUAUGAUUGCGUCAACUAGUCUAGAUAGGACCAUUAAAGUAUGGAAGCUUACUCAGUCAGACGAAGGUUUCAACGGAAAAUUGACGCCAAAACUGACUUUGUACGGACACCGUGGGGCAGUUGAAUCGAUUGAUGUACAUGGCCCCUCAGGUCGCAUGAUUUCUGGCUCGAACGAUGGGACAAUGGGAGUAUGGUCUUUCUCCAAGAAUACUGCACCUGAAGCACCGGCAAGCCUUCUAGCACCUGAAUCAGCAUCUAAACGUCGGAAGCUGGAAACAAUGGCAUCGACGCCUCAGCGCGGACCCCUUUCAAUUCUUUCAUCCAACUUAGGACCUGUCACAGCCGUUAUAUUUAACCCUCUUGACUCAACUGUUGGAUAUUCAGCAUCUCAAGAUCAUAGCAUUCGGACUUUUGAUCUCACGACAUCCAUUUUAGUGGACACACGAACCACUUCGCAUCCUCUUCUCUCCCUGGUCGCAUUACCGGGCAUUAGUACGCAACUUUUGGCUGCUGGUACUAGUGCUCGGCAUAUCACACUUAUAGACCCACGUGUUUCGGCUCAGUCGACUCAAGUGAUGACUUUAAGAGGCCACACCAACAAAGUUGUUUCACUGGCUAGCGAUCCUGAGAGUAAUUAUGGAUUAGUGAGUGGAAGUCAUGAUGGCACCUGCCGAAUCUGGGACUUGAGAAGUAGUAGAUCAGGUACUAAAGAAGAAGGGAACGGGGUCGUUAGUGAGGCAGUCUAUGUUAUUGAACGUGAAGGUCACCAGGGAAAGAGACCAGUUGGUGGUGAGGGUAUCAAAGUAUUCGGAGUACAUUGGGAUAAAGAAGUUGGAAUGGUCAGUAGUGGGGAAGACAAAAAAGUUCAGAUUAAUCACGGAAGAGGUGUUACCAGACUCACGACUUGA